AUGGUUCGCACCUCUACAGCCGCCGACCCCCAGUGCGUCCACGCCAUGGUCGCUGAAGACGUUCUCAAGUUUAUGUGUGGCCUCAUGGUUUACGUCUGGUUCGCGAUGGAUGCCUUCUUCAACAUGACCAGCGAGAACAAGUUCCCAGCGGUGUUGGCGUGGCUAGUGCUCAUUCCGAUCACUCUGUUUCUCCUUACAAACAUCGUCGUUGUACACGUAGACGCGAUCUCCAGGAAAUACAAACUCAGCAAUGACGCCGUCACCGGGCUCCAAUACAUACUCGGUUGCAUCUACGUACCGGUAUUUCUGUCAAUAUGUGCGGCGAUACAAUUUGCAAUCCCGAAAGGCCACCUACUGGUCUGGUCUUCCUUCUUUCUGCUACCGGUCUGUGGCAUGCUCUUUGCCCUCGCCAUCGACGCUGGUGUCAGAGGAUGGUAG